AGGAUGCGUAAUGAGGAGUUCCAAGACAUUCUUCCCGACGACCAUCUCGGCUCAGCCCCACAGAGCUAGCCAACAUGAAGAAGCAGAUCGAGUAUCUUCUCGCAAAAGGACUCAUCCGACCAUCCACUUCGCCAUAAGGUGCCCCAGUACUCUUCACACCGAAACCGGACGGAAGCCUACGCAUGUGCAUCGACUACGGAGCUCUCAACAAGCAGACCAUCAAGAACAACAGCACGUCCAAUACCUGCGACGCGUCUUCGACAUUCUCCGACGAGAACGACUCUCCGUCAAGUUAUCCAAGAGCGAAUUCGCCCUCGAGAAAGUCCAAUUCCUAGGACACAUGGUGAGCGCUCAAGGAGUUCACGUCGACCCCAAGAAAAUCGAAGCCGUACGUAUGUGGAAGACACCUGAGAACGUGAAGGAGUUGCAACAGUUCCUAGGAUUCGCUAACUACUACAACAAGUUCGUGCCACAGUACGCAAAAAUCGCAACACCACUCACGAAUCUGCUGAAGAAGAACACGCCCUAUAAGUGCGAACCAAAGCAUCAGGCAGCUGGCACAAGCACUCACGAACUAAUGUCUCUGCUCGGGACCAAACUCGCCAUGUCUUCCGCCUACCAUCCGCAGACAGAUGGACAGACCGAUCACCUCAACCAAAUUGUAGAGCAACUUCUUCGCGCAGCAUGCAAAGAUGAAAUCUCUAAAUGGGACUUCCAUCUGCCUGUCUUGGAGUUUGCCUACAACAAUGCCACUGACGCCGCUACUGGACAGACACCGUUCUUCCUCUGCUACGGACGCCACCCGCUCAUGCCACAAAAACCGACAGCAAUAGCUACACAGCAACAGAAUCAUCUUCCAUCCAAACUGCGACCUCACUUCUGCGGGCCCUUUCUCGUUGAAGUACAUGCCACUCCUGUUACCUUCCGCUUACGCCUACCAACUACCUGGAAGAUUCACAACGCCUUCCAUGUCCAACUUCUGAAGCCCUAUCGCGACCCUAACACGGUCUUCACCGGACGCCAACCGCCGCCUCCGCCACACGUCCUCGUCCAUGAUGAACCCCUGUACGAGGUCGAGUCCGUGCUCGCACACCGCCGUCGACGGAAUGGCACCGUGGAGCUUCUCAUCCGCUGGAAGGGUUCCUGAAUCCGAGAUGGGUAACGCCCGUCGU